AUGCUAACUGAAAAUCAGUGUGAUUGGAUGAUAUUCACAUGGCAUUCUCAUUUCAUGAUAAGGCAAAAAUCCAGAUUGUCAAAGGAAAUGAAGCUGCUUGCAGUGUGCGUUUUGGCAGGUGUGGCGCUGUUCGCCGCUUCCGAGGAAGAGAAGGAAGAUAAAGCUGCCUACAACCCGGCCAGCCAAAAGUUUUAUGUGGGCAUUCUGAGAACAGAAGUGAUCAGCACAGCUACCACCACAACCAUUGGCGUCGCUGCCACCACUUGCUACAAUAACAUCGGAUCAACCACUUGCAGCGGCAAGAAGAAGAGAGCUCUAAUCAAGCUCGAGGAGAUUGAUAACAAUCCAUCCGGCGACGACCUUCACGCCUCCCUGAACGCGGCCUCCGACGCCGAAGUUGCCAAGAACGUUGCCGAGGAUGACUCUGGCCGCCUCGUCUUGUGGAGGACUACCACCGUCACCCUCACUUACACAUCGUCCUCCACCGUGUCCGGAACCAAACUCAGCCUCUCGUACGCGUGCACAGCGUCGGGCAUGAACCUCCCACCCAGCUGUUAACCAAUUCUUUCUCCUAUUCUCCUACAUGCUUUGUCCCUUGGUUUCGUAAAAAUGGCCGUUUCUGUGCAACUAUUGCACUAUAUGGUUUUGAUCGCCCUCCGAGGUUAUGAAACCCCCUUUUUCUAAUUUAUUUGUUGUUAUUGUUAUGUAUUGUAUUGUAUUGUUUAUACAGCUAUACUUGUAAAUAGAAGGACCUUUAUUAUGUACAGCAUGUAUCAUAAAAAUAUAUGUAUAUAUACA